AUUAUUCAUCUGUUUUUAAUUGAUUAUAUAGCAGUUCAUCAAUCAACUCCUCCAACUCCAAUAUAUAAUAGCACUAAUCUCUAGUCGGCAGGCACCCACACACACAUACACAGAGACACAGACACAUUUUCUCUUUGGCGUUGGCGUGGACAUGGAUCAGCAGCAGCACGGUGGCCUCAUCCUCUCGUCCGCCACCCCUACCAAUUCAUCUUCUUCCGCCUCCUCCACCUCCCCCGCCCUCCAGAAAAAGCUGCACCACAUACUCCAGAUCCAGCCCGACUGGUGGGCCUACGCCAUUUUCUGGCAAGCCUCCAAGGACGAUUCCUCCGACCGUAUUUUCCUCGCAUGGGGCGACGGCCACUUUCAGGGCACCAACACCAACACCAACACCAACAGCAAGCACCAAAAGUCGGGAGGAUCCCAUCUUCUUCAGCCGGACAGGAAGAAGGUGAUGCAAGGGAUUCAGGCUCUCAUCGGCGAUAACAACCAGCUCGACAUGUCCUCCGCCGCCGUCGACGGCGACGUCACCGACGCGGAGUGGUUCUACGUGAUGUCUCUUGCCCAGUCCUUCUCCCUCGGCGACGGUGUCCUCGGCAAGGCCUUCAACUCCGGGUCCCUUGUGUGGCUCAGCGGCGCCAACCAGCUCAGGUUUUACAACUGCCAGAGAGCCAAGGAGGCUCAGAACCAUGGGAUGCAGACCAUGGUGUGCAUCCCCACCUCUAAUGGCGUCCUCGAGCUCGGAUCCGACGCCGUCAUCACCGAAAACUGGAAUCUGGUCAAGCAAGUCAAGUCGCUCUUCGAGCCCGAUGCUGCUCAGUUUCACUUUCAGGAUCAGGAUCAGGAGAGAACUAUUUCGUUUGGUGGCGGCGGAGGAGGAGGCGCGCUCGCCGGAUUUCAACAAUUGGGAGCAGAUCAUGACCAUGGCCGGUAUAAUACUAAUAAUAAAAGGGGGGACGCCUUCUCCUUGUCCCAUUUGGAGUCGGAGCUGUCCGAUUCCGACUGCCAGCUGUUCAUGGCCGAGGACGACAAUCCUACUCAGCACGUCCAGACCAAGAGAACCCCGAAGAAGAGAGGGCGGAAGCCGAGCGUGGGACGGGACGCGCUGAACCACGUGGAGGCGGAGCGGCAGCGGCGGGAGAAGCUCAACCACAGAUUCUACGCCCUCCGCUCCGUCGUCCCAAACGUGUCGCGGAUGGACAAAGCCUCCCUGCUGUCGGAUGCCGUUUCGUACAUCAAGGAACUCAAGUCCAAAGUGGACGACCUCCAGUCGCAGCUCCGACGGCAGACAGAGUCAGAUGAUGCAAGAAAACCAGUAGUGAAGACGGAGGUGGACAAUCAGAGCACAACCACAACUAAUUCGGUGGAUCAAACGACAGGGAUUUCGUCGUCGUCGUCGGCCUCGGCGUCGUCAUCGUUCCUGGAAGUUGAGGUGCGGAUUGUGGGGACAGACGGGAUGAUCAGAACCCAGUCGGACAACGUCAACUACCCGGCGACGAGGCUGAUGGACGCGUUCCGCGACCUGGAACUGCAGGUUCACCACGCCAGCAUGUCCUGCCUCAACGAUUUGAUGGUGCAGGACGUUGUAAUAAAAGUCCCUCAUGGACUAAGGUGCGAAAACACCCUCAGAACUGCUCUCCUAGCCAGAUUGGACCAGGACCAGGAUCUGGACCGGGACCGGGACCUGCCUGCUCAACUAAUUUAACUAUAUAUAGCCAAGGAUGCUGCAAUGCAAUCGCUAUAACUCCUCCACUCCACUCCACUUAUUAAGCAGUCUAUUAGGCCAUCCUUUGUUUCAAGUAUGUAUAUAUCAAUAAGAGAAAAUUAAUCAUCAACACAUACAUUCAGACAUAUCUUCGUUCCUUUUGUAUGUUACAUGUUAUGUUUGUGUUAAGUUUACGUAUCAUUGGCACAAUCAUCUUUCUCCAUCCACAUAAUAUACUCUAGGUAUGUGAUUCUAUUCUA